AUGGACUCUCCUCCAGGGACGAGUAGCACCAGUUCGGCUCCUACAGCAAAGGUGUCCACCAGACGCAACGGCCUCAGCAGACGGUCGCCGCGAGCAUGCGAGUCUUGUCGCGCGAGAAAGGUCAGAUGCGACGUCACGAAGACAAAAUCACCGUGCACCAACUGCAGACUGGACAACAAGACGUGUGUGUUGCCCGUGAGCAAGCGGCGGCAUGCAGGGGACCGUGUCCUGUGUCCGUCGUUGCUCCUCGAAGCAAGCAAAAACGGCAAACAGAGCCCUAUUUGUGAUGUGGUAAUUGAUUUCGACGAUGUCCGGCCAGCUACGGGGACACGAAAGUAUUCGAUCCAGGACUCUCGCGGCAGGGGAACAACAACUCUGGCAGACAAGCUCACUCUCUCGCCCAAGGAUCUCGGGACACUACCGAUAAUCGACUUCUUCACUCCGCCCGACAGCAAAAGCCAGAGCUCGAAACCAGACCCAGGGGCAUCGUAUCCUUCGCCUACAUCUACCGUCGCCAGUGACCCGUGGCAGACUGCUCUCCCUGCCUAUAUCACACCGGUGUCCAGAGACAUUCCUCCAGACGACCUCGACUUCCUCCGCAGCAAAGGGGCUUUUGAGAUCCCAGACGCCCCAACCCGAGACUUGCUGCUCCAGGCAUAUAUGCAAUGGGUCCACCCAUUCACGCCCAUGCUUGAUCUUGAGGGAAUCUUGACUGCAGUAUUCAGCAAUGGCAGGAAACGCACAGUCAGCCUCCUCGUCUUUCAGUCCUUACUCUUUGCCGCAACAGCGUACCUUGGCAAUAGUCUGGAAGAAGGUAGCCGGAGGUCGGUCAGAAAAUCGUGUUUCAAUCGCGCCAGACUCCUGUAUGACUUUGACGUCGAGUCAGACCGCUUGGCCAUCGUUCAAUCUGCCAUCCUGCUCAGCUUCUGGGACGGUGAUUCAGGUACACUGAGAGACAGCUAUCAUUGGAUCGGGGUCGCAACAAUGCACGCCGGCAGUCUCGGUUGGGACUCGAAUCUAGAUCUCACGCCGUCGCCCUCAGCUUUCUCGGUCACGACAAAACUUACCUGGUGGUCGCUCCUGAUUAGAGAUCGUCUGAUGGCGGUGACACUGAGGAGACCGGUGCAGUUCAAGCCUCCUGUAACGAGGAUGCCAUCGCUUGAGAUCCAAGACUUUAGGUCAGAGUCACUGCAUCAAACUAUAAAAGAGACUUCACUCAUUCAGGGUGCGAACCCUGGAGAUUGUGAGAUUCUGGCAGAAUGCUGCAUUGCCUUGGCACAACUCGCCUUGCAUAUUGAUAAAGUAUUAUCGUCACACUACGAACCUCAAAGGACCCAAGGUGCCUCCGGAAAACGACCGUCCACAAUCUCGCUGAUCCCUUGCACCGGCGAGCUAACGGAUCGCGAGAUCAACAUCUGCGGAGAUGAGCUGCAACGAUGGUUCCGGCGAUUGCCACUCAGCGUGCUCUCAGAUCAAUCCCAGGGGGUGUCCCCUGGCGCAGCCAACGAGUGCAGGGUCGUCAGGGUGCACCAGGCAUUGUUAAUGGGAUAUUAUUGCAUGACGCUCAUGACAAUAUAUAGACCCCUGACCAACCCAUCAAGCCGAGGUCAAACAAGCGCAGAAUUGACGGCCUCGUCGGCGCGAAUAGUGUGUCAAGCAGCAAAGUCAAUCACAGAUAUCUUCAGGAAUCUGUACGCCGAGGAUCUGGUGCAGGUUUUACCAGAAACUGCCAUUGCAGCCUUGGAGCCCACCGCAGUCACUCAUCUUCUGUACAGCAUGUCACAAGAUGCCAUGGUUCGAGAAAUUAGCUUUCAGAACUUUUACCUUUGCUGGCGGAUUCUGCUAGAGUUUGCAAAGACAUAUCGGCUUGCGGACACCACAAUCGCCAUGUUGAAUGCGGCAGCACACCGAUUGAAGGAGGAUGCCAAACAACCCAUGAUGGAGGCAGCUGGUAGUCCCAUGCCGGUUUCGAUCAAUGUACUCGACAGUUCUGCGUCAGACACGUCGCCAGCGAUGGCAGAGGUGGGCUCAGGAAUGGAAGACAGCGGGCAACAACAGCCUCACGAAUGGGAUCAUACCAGCGGUGUCAUGACGCCUAUCCCUGAUCUAGUAUUGGAUGACUUGGAUCAACUCUUGCAGUGGGAUACGAUGGAACUAAAUUGGUAG